CACAGUUCUUGAGGGACAUAUAAAAGCUGCUCUCCUGCCCUGAUAUUAUCCUUGAAUCUUGGGGACAAUAUUUUCAUCCACUUCGAACAUAAAUACAUACCUACCAAAUCACAUCUCCUUUCCCCCAAAAUGUCCAAAACAUUCCUCGUCACCUCCGCAAGUGGCUCUCAAGGCGGCUCCACAGCCCGUGAGCUCCUCAAACAAGGGCACAAAAUCCACGCCCUCGUCCGGGACUCCUCCUCCGCGGCUGCAAUCGCUCUUCAAACCCACGGCGCCAUCCUCUUUAAGGGCGAUUUCAACGACGCCCCCUCCAUCGCCGCCGCAAUAGAAGGCGUUGACGGUGUCUUCCUAAACACAUUCCCCGACUUCAAGGACCCAGAUGGCGAAGCACGCCAAGCACAGAAUAUUGUCGAUGCCGCAAAAGCUGCAAAAACUGUGAAGACGGUUGUUGUUUCGACUGUGCAUAAAGCUGCCGAAUCAGCUGAACUCACUGCUCCCAAACCUGAGUAUCCGUUCUUGAAGUACUACUAUGCUCGGAAAGCGGGCGUGGAACGGGUUGUUAUGGAGGCCGGGUUUGAGAACUGGACAGUAUUGAGACCGGACUGGCUGAAUUACCAGUACCUCGCUCCUGCAUGCGCUGUCCAUUUCCCAACUUACCGGGAAGAGCAUGAGCUGACAGUGAGUUACGAGUCAACGUAUAAAAAACGGCAUUUCAGCCCUCGAGAUGUAGGCAAGUUCGCUGCUGCUGCUUUGCUGGGGAAGGAUGGAUAUAAUGGAGAGGUCAUUGAGCUUGCCGGCCAGGGACUGACGUUCGAUGAGGUUGCAGCCAUUUUGAGUAGAGUUUCUGGGGUCGAGGUGAAAGUUAGGUAUAGGACUGACGAUGAGACGAGGGAGUUGAAUGAGAGUGGAAAGUUCCCAGUGUUGGAACAGCAACUUUUGUCGAGGGAGGUAACGUACAACGAGUAUGAUCCUAAGGAGUUGGAAAGGUUUGGGAUUACGUUGGAGAGCCUGGAGGAGUAUUUGCUGAAGGACAAGGGGAAGUUGCUGGAGACGUUGGGGGUGAAGGGAUGAGCAUUUUUAUUUGGGUGCUGAUAGACAGGAGAUGUCCAAUUACAGAAAAACAACUUCAC